CAAUAGGGAUUUUAUUCGAUGCUGUUUUUGUAACAUAUCCAGAUAGUUUGUUGCGGAUUUAAGGUAACUAUUCAUCAGUUAUAAUUUGUUAAUUGUUAUUGUGAUUUUAAUAGUGAAGUAAAUGUAGUGGUAUUCCUGUUUUUUCUCUGCAAAUACUAAUGAAGGAGUUAUAGGCUAUUGAAUGGUUUUAUACUACAGUGUGCUACUCACAUCUCAGCACCUAUCCUGUUCUAUAGGGCCAUAAAACAGUUCGACGCUGUAAAACGAGCUCCUGCUAUUGCUGCAACCAAAUAACUCUCAAAACGCUUGAAUUUACAUUAGCGCAUUUGUACGGUGCUACUUAUUUAUUGUUGCCACCAAGCUCAGUCUGACUGUAAUUUAUAGCGAGUUUUAAGUUAGAUAUGGCGGCAUGUGUGUGUUGGUGUGGUCGUCAAAAGUAAUAAUAUAAUACUGCUGUACUUUGAUGGCGGUUACCACUCCGGUUUUUAAUCAAGAACUUACAUGAUUCUGACACCAUAAAUUUGCAGUCGUGCAUUGAGUGGACAGCAGCAUGAAAGAGGACACAAAGCAGAACCUCCUCACAUCCAACUGGAAAGAUAUUUCAAAGUGGCUGCCAGGAGCAAAUUAGUUGUGUCGCCCCAGUGGCUCCUGAUUAGUACAAUAAGGAAACUCGCUACCAUGCCGUUUGUCCCGCAGCAUUCAACACCCAUACCUGUUUGUAAUAUAAUAACAGCCUCCAGGUUUGCAAUCAAUUGGACGACAAUUUAGUGGCUAAAGUGCUGGCUGUAGUUUAGACAAGUGUAAAGACCGUGGUAAAAUACAGUCGAAGUCAACUCCGUAUGUGUGUGUCCUUGUAGCCCAGGGUGCGGUGUUAGUAUGUGAGGACAUUCUUGAAGGUUUAAUGCACACACAAAUACAGCAUGCACACAUUUAAGAAAGAAAAAGUGUUUGCAUGUAGGCUAUAAGCAUUUGCAGAAAGAAAAUCCCGAAAUUGUAGGAAUGUCUUAUUGGAGAGCAAUGCUGCGUUCGUGUUUCCAUGAGAGAAACAGACCUGGAUAAACAGUAAACAUUUUGUGUGGAAGCAGAAAGGUAUGCAUGCUCAGCGAAAGCUUUCCAUUUUUUAAAUAGCCCUUUUGUCUUAAUACUCAUUAUAGGCCUAUACAAAUGUAGGGCUAAUAAUCCCAUUAAACUCUAUUACAUAUUCCUGAAUUGCCCACCUCUCACUUCUGUGUCAUAAUACUGUAUGUACUGCACAAUUGCGUGUGAUUGUUGCAGGCUCAAAUCUUCUGUCAUUAUGUCCAUUCUAUACUGGCAGAACUAUCAAAUCACAAACUCAUGUUAUUAAGUCUGUGGCAUCAUAAUACACAUUUCCCCACAUUGUUCGGUCAGUGACAUCACACUACUCUUGCUGCUAUGGCGCAACACAAUACUGACUGUCACAUCUGUGACACCACAAUGCUCAUUAUGUUAUUCUGUCAGGUGUGUGAUAUUCCAACAAGUCUAUUGUUCCCAUUAUCAUUUCAGGUCAAUGACAUCAUAAUGCAUAUUUUUGGUAUACCAGCCAUAAGGCAUCACAAUGUUCUCUGCACCUAUUGUGAAAUUUAACCAUUAUCUAGAGCUCAGUGCUCCUUGCUAAGUUGUACACAUAUAAUUUGUUUUUAUGUGCAUGACUUUUUUGUGCUGGGCUGAGUUGGAGGUAGCCUGCAGGCAAGGUGUGAAUGUGUCAUAAAGUUUUUUUUUUUUUGCGUGAGUUUGUGAGGUGGACCAUACAUUAGGUGUGGUUAUUAAUGUGUCCCCACAUGAGGCAGAAUGUGUGUGUGUGUGAAAAUAAUAUCCUUAAUAAUCCUUUAUUUCAGCAUGUUCGUGUUCUUGGGUGAAGAACUUAAUUCCUCAAAAUGUAAUUUUUUCAGGAACUACAUAAAACUUUUACCUUACUUGUGCCAUGCCAGUUUAUAGUUUAUAGUUAUGAGUUUUCAAAGGAUUUCGUGAGCUCAAUGUGUUCUCCACACCCAUGAGACCACGUUAUCCUUCCGUGUAUCCUCAAUUAAUAUAAAAGUCACAAAAACUGAAGAGGCAAGUUUUUCAUCCAACAUCAGCGAUCUGUAGCUACGAUUGGCCACAUUUCUUUCGUAAAUGUGGGUAAUGUUGGGGAUAGAAAAUGACCACAAAGACACUGGUUAUUUCAAAUAUUUAUUUUACUUACAUCAGUGCAUCACAGUCAAGGAAAGGUUCUGUCUCAUCUUGAAACAUCGCUGUACAUAUGCAAAUGAAGACAAAUAUUCAAAGACAUACAUUGAUAAUAUAUCUUGCCCUUGCCUUUGAAAAUGAGUCUGAACUGAACACACAGACACACAGACACACAGACAGACAGGCACACGUGCACGUCUCGCUUAAACCAGACUAUAGGACACAAGCACACCCUCAUAUCUGUGGUUAAUUAUUUCAACGAACUUUUUAAACUGCAUGGCUAAACGCAUGCCAUGGAGUAGGCUAUCUGAGUUUUGAAAUGUUUGCUAGACAUCUGUUGGUAAGUUGCUAAGCUAAUGACAGGCCUGAUUCACUUUCUGCUCAAGACAGUCCAAUCCUUUCAAGAGCAAAAUGCUGAUGAGACAUAGUUUUGUGGCAGUCCUAAAACGUUAGGCGUAUUUGUUACAUUACUAUGGCCUCACUGAAAAGUGUGUUUUCUGUGUUUUUAAUUAUAUAUAUCACACAUCUAGAAAAUAUGGAAUUAGUUGCAUAAGCUUUAUGUUUUUUUAAAAAAAAAACCCAACCCUAACCGUGUUCGACUUUAUGCAAUUAAUUUUGUAUUAAACCUCUGUAUUAACAUUUUGUGUUCAAACUAUAGCGAGAAUCAUCAGCGCUGGACGUUUCUGCAGCAGUGUGUUGCAGCAAAAGUAUCUGCGGGUUUGUUUGGACUGAAUAAAUGUCCUAAAGCGUACUUUUUGCAGUACAGAAAACACAGGCCUAACGUAACACAACACCACUAAUCGAAGAAACGGGGAUUUAUUUUAACUGAACACAAGAUACGGAGUGAGAAAAUAAAUGUAUCGCAGAUUAACACUGGGCUGUUCAAUUCAAACACCAUUGUGAACGUUUUGUCUCUAUCCAGUAGGUUAAAGAGAUUUCACAAUAACGUUAGUGUUGUCAUGUUUUUUUUAAUUUAUUUACAUGUUUUAAAUGAUGUGUUUUCGAAGUCAGUUUGAGUAACAAAGAGGUAACCUGCUCAUUUUUUCCUAUUUACUGGAUUGUGUUUCGCAAUAUAAGCUCCCAUCUAAAUGUGGUUGGCUGGUUUCGGCUGCAGCACACUGUUUGUUUACGUUAAGUUUUCACCUGAACGGGACAAAUGUAAACUCUUACGGUAACAACAUCUGAAUAGAUUUGAGGAGAAAGGGUGAAUUGAGACUAAUCAACCUUUUUUUGUAAAAAAAAAGAAAAAUAAUUAUUUUUUUUAUUUAGGCCUCUCUGCAUAAAUAGCUAUACGUGCAAAAUCCGCAUUCAUGUUGAUGAGAGAGCCAUACUUAAUUCACAUACCAGCUCUUCUGGCCCACAGCGAUUCUGAGAAUGAAAACAUUAACAAAAACAAACAAGUCAGUAAGACUGUUCAGUUCAGAUCUAUAUUGAAAGCAACAAGAAACAUCCUGAAAAUAAUACAGGAUUGUGUAUAACAAUAGCUCAGGUAUUCCAUGAGUUAUUUAUUAGGCUGUAAAAUGUUUUGUGUCAACAGUAACGAAAAACUAAACAAAAAAAAGACAGAAAUAAAGAAGAAGAACCAUUACGCUUGACGUAAUUCUGUAUGGGUUUCCUUUUACACCACAAUAAUAAAUAUCUGUUAUAGGCCCAUCAUCCACUAGCGUACAAAUUCCACCGUCUAGUUAAUAUUUUGUAGCCCAUUUCAAGAAAAGAACCAGUUAAACAGCUAAGUGCGGCUUCACGAGUUAGCCCAAUCUAGUUAAAGUUCACUAAUUGGUGUAAUAAGAUCUAAUAUGUUUGCUUUUUAACGAAUUCUGGUGUAAUUCUGUUGGAGUAGUGAAGUCAUAUGAAGAAAAAUAUUUGACCCUCAAUAAAAAAAAGACCAGGCCGAGGUAUAAGGUUUUCGUAAUUAAUGCAUGAAAUGUCUUACUGUCAGUCUACAAAAGGAUGUCAGUAAAAUGCAUUUCGGACCAUAUCACAAUCUUAAAUUUAGCAGGUCAACUGCAAAAGCCAACAUUUAAUUUACUGUAAUUCUUAGGCUACUUCACAACAGCAAGGGUUAAAACCUAGUCUGCAGUUUGACGAUUUAUUUUCAGUUUAAAAUUCAUAAAGAAGUUCGCAUUUCUGCUCUGGUUAUUCUUUUGAAUAACACACCUGCGUGCAGCUUACCUUGCUAAAUCGGUGGCCACAACAAAGCAAAUCGAUGAAAACAAACAAAAAGAACUGACACAAAAUGCACUCUUUCUUAUGACAAAUCUUCGAUGGCUUCAUCUCCAUAGCACCGGCUCCAGGACGAAAAGGAAAUCACACCUUGACUAAAUACAUUUUCUUUCAAAGAUCUGACGUUCUGGAUUAAACAGGAUUUAAAUACUCAAAAGCCACGUAGUAAGCGCCUUUAAAAAAAUUCCUGCAGCAGCAGCCGUCCUUUGUUCCCUCUGGUGUGGACCUGCUGUCCUGGCCAGCAGAUGGUCGCUAGGUGGCGCUCUUGCUCCAUCCAAAACCCUCCAGGUUUCCCAACUUGACCGCGCUGACGUCACGUCAGUCUGGAGCAUCAAGGCCACUUCCACGCCGCUAUUGGUCUGAAAAUCACAUGACAUGUCUCCCAGCAUCCAUAAUUAUGUUACUGAUAUUUUUGCACCCCCCUCCAAAAGAUGUCAGCAUCCUACUGUCCUUAUUCUCCUGCAGUAAUCCCGUAGUUGAGAGCAGUGGAACACACCAAACGACUAUUGUGUUGCUAAAUGCAAAAAUGUCAUGUCCGAAUAACAUAGCGCCCGGUAACUUCCUGAUGGAUUCCUUAAUGGGAGGAUCAUCUUCCUUCAGGGGUGAGGGUUAUUCCGGCAACCCCGGAAUGUACAUCCACACAGCUGCAGAGUACGGAUAUUCAGUGAUGAGAAACAUUGGGAAGGUAGGACCAUCUCCACUCUCCAAAAGAGACGAGGUUCCUCCAGGCUGUCUGCCGCUCAGCGGCUUCCAGGAUGCUCCCUACCUGUCAACACAGCUGGCCACAUGGACCCCAGGCUCCAAAUCCAGUAGGGACGAACAACCUGUUGCCCAGUGUUUACAACCCUGCUCGUUUCCAGCGGGCAACGUCAAAGAGGAGGCGUUUUGUUGCCUCUAUCAGGAUGACAGCAAUAAGGGAAAACAGACAACAGAGUCGGCUACUUACAUCCGGCUUGGGGACAAUAGCUGCCGGCCUGAGCAAACUGCCGCCUCGUCCAGCGGCUGUUUCCAGGUGUACAACGGAGAGAGGCCGCAGCAGGACGACCAGCAGUUCCCCUCCGGCUUCUCUCUGACCCACUUGGCGACAUCUGUUGAAUCAGCAUCAGAAUCGACAAUAAGUUGCAGCAAAUCGGCGCAGGAGACAGCGAGAGAGGUUUCAAAGACAGAUGAGAGUCAGAGCAGGAAGGAAGAGAAGGCCAAGAGUGACAGCUGUUCAGAUAACUCGGACGGGGAAUUAAAAGAUGAUUUAUCCGCGGAAAAGACAACUGGAAGCUGGUUAAAAGCCAAAAGUGGAAGGAAGAAGCGGUGUCCCUACACAAAGCACCAGACGCUGGAGCUGGAGAAGGAGUUCUUGUUCAACAUGUAUCUGUCUCGGGAGCGCCGCCUGGAGAUCAGCCGGAGUAUCAACCUGACCGACAGACAGGUCAAGAUCUGGUUCCAAAACAGACGCAUGAAGCUCAAGAAGCUCAACAGGGAGAGCAGAGAAAGAGGGCAGAGUGUAGUUUAUAACUACUCCUGAAGAGAUUUUUCCCAACACGUACAUUCACAUUCACACAUACACUCAUACACAUACACACGCACAUACACACGCUCACACAUGCACAUGCAUAGACAUGACAGGCGCAGAUAUAGACAGACAUGCAUGUGUCAUCUUAUAAUGCAUUCAAUUAUCAUUAAUCAAUUUUCUCUUUAUACGCACAUACACACACUCACAUAGACGUACACACAGCGUGCCUUCCUAUAUGAACUACAAAACGCUGAGACCUGCAGACUAGACUUGAGUUCCAGGUGAACACUUGCAGCAGCGCUGGAACAGUGAGGUGCUAUAUUACCUUGCAGUGAUAAUUAUAAUAUAACAUGAACCGAACUUAAGGAAGAGGCAAUCUCAAGCAGUCUAUAAAUAACUCGUGGCAUGCAAGCUGUUUCACUUUGCUAUAAUGAAUGUUUUGCCACUUGUGCAGCUUCUUCGUUGGUGUCUGUUGCUGUGGCAUAUUCGUGCAGUGUAAUGUGCAUGCACAAGACGAUAUUAAGCUAUGUCAUGGCAAACGAGU